UCCACUGCCUACGCUCUCUUCGCUCCAUCUCUCGUCUUGCUGCCAUUGAUCUACGUGUCUUCUGCCAUUCCCAUUACCUUAUAAUUAUCACGACCUCAGCCUCCACGUACCCGCAACCGCCGACCUCGGCUCCCACCAACCUCACCACAUCCAUCCCACAAUGAACGCAACCAAGGUCCUCCAGGCUGGCCGCCAGCCCUUGAUCCGCUUCUUGGGCAAGCGCACCACCCCCAGUCACAUCGACCACACCCCUCAGGCCCACCCAGCCUCCCCAACACACUCGCUUCCCGAGUCCUUCGCCAGCUACCGCCAGAAGGCACAGCAGCAUGGCCCCCUGAAUCAGUCCAGGGACUACUCCAGCGGCGUCGGCAGCACCCCGGGUUCUUCGCUGGGCCCCGUUGAGGCGGGCAAGGGCUUCUACUUCGAUCGUUCCGAGCUUCCCGCGCGCUUCCAGCGCAUGACUUGGUCUCAGGCUGAGAUCGAUGCCAUCGAGUCUGGCGGUGCUAGCAUGUUCGCAUAGAUGAAAAGCACGAUGAGCAAUGAACUCGGCACGCCAGGAUGUGUCGAUACUAUACAUACGUCACAGGCGUCAGGAUAGCUGGCGGACCACGAGAGAGAAUGAGUGCUCCAGCACGGCGGAGCUUAGGCGAACGACUUGAACACAAAAGCGAGAUUUACUGCAAUUGCUUGCGUACUAUACCCUUCAAGACCGACAUCUGGGAUGAGGAACUGCUAGGAAAGGCUAGGAUUUGGGAGGAC